CACCGAUCACAUCGAAUGUAGCAGUAGGUUCCAAACGGUUCCCCGUUGUACUUUCGCUUCAACUGUGCCAGUCAGAUCAGAAAUAGAAAGAACAUGAACUUUGUUGUGUUGUUAUUCUUUUUAAUAGUUAUGACUGUGGGAGCGUUUACUAUACAGUCAGCGGAUGACGAUCUUGACGACAUGGAUUACGACGAGGACAACCAAGGUGACUCGUUAAUUCCCCCGGCGAUCGUGCUACGAUCGGAGCAGGGCGAGCCACAGCAGACUGUGCAGAUCCCGGACCAGGAUGGUAAUUUUCAGCCUAUGACUCGAAUAGGUGUGCGAGAGUGUAGGAACAAUGCCACACACUACGAUGCGGCCAAAUACGUGAAGUGUUAUCUGUACAGUAAAAAUGGUACAAGGACUCAGUUUCACUUCGACCAGCUCAACUCGAUAGAGCUAGCCGGUUUCAUGAGGCACCUACCAACAACUAUUCUCGUGCAUGGUUGGUUAGGUAGCUCGGAUUCGGUGGUGAUCGAUCCACUGGCCAAAGCACUGUUGGAGCAGGAGCACAACAACGUAAUAGCGGUGGAUUGGGAGGAGGGUGCCAGCACGUUUAUCUACCCGGUCGCUCGCUAUCGGGUGCCGAAGGUGGCCGCGGUAGUAGCCAAGCUGAUCGACAACCUAGUGUUGGGGUUGGAUGCGGAUGUUGAUUGGAUCGGCAUCAUAGGCCACAGUCUUGGGGCACACAUUGCCGGUAUAGCAGGAAAGAAGGUUACGGCCGGAAAGAUCGGCUAUAUCGUUGGUCUUGAUCCAGCCUCACCGCUGUUUCGCGUGAAGAAGCCGAACCAUAGACUGUCAGCGGAAGACGCACAGUACGUCGAGAUCAUCCACACAAAUGGAAAGGCAUUGGGGUUCUUCCGCAACAUUGGCCAGGCCGACUACUACCCCAACGGAGGAGUCGCACAACCGGGCUGUGGUAUCAGUUUUACUUGCAGCCACCAGCGAGCGGUGGAUUUCUUCAAAGAGUCGCUCAGCACGCGUAACAACUACGCCAGCCGCUGUAACGAUCUGGACAAUCUUGGUCCAUCUUGCACCAGGGCUAGUAGUGCCGCCUUCGGUGGCUUGGUCUGGAGAGCUUCAAAACCGGCCGGCGUCUACUACAUCACAACUUCCGCCAAAGAACCAUUUCUUCGUGAUAACUCAGCGGGGGUCGCACCUUAAAUAUGGUCUUGACAUCGUUGGACAGUAGGUAAUUGUACAGAGCUGUUCUCAAUUGGGUAGUUAAUAGUUAAAAGUAAUCAAUUAAUUUUCAAUUAGCAACGUCAGCGCUUUUCAACGUUUAGCUACUUUACUGAACUUUAGGUGACAAUGUGCAUUGGUGGGCACGUUCUAACGUAACGUAACACAAAAACCACAAAGAUUGUUUUCUCAGGUACUGUCUCACAACUCGGUGAUGACAUUGAUCGUUCGGCUUAGUUAAGUGGUGUAGUGUGCCUUUCACGGAAUUGCGGUUUUGCGUAAACUGAGCCUCAUGAUUACAUUGCAUAGCAAAAGGCCAUUGGAAUCCCCAUCCUCGUGUGAUAAUAUUUCGUUCGCUUUUGGCUGACACAAGACCUAGCUUGGUGUUAUUGAGUGCCACCACAUAAAGAAUGAUUGCGUCUUUAAUAAACUGUAAAUAUUCCACCGAUUAUGCAUCUAUAUUUAAUUGAUAAUAAUAGAAAUAAUACGGAGUUUCAGCAAUUAAAGUAUGUUGGUUUAUCAGCUCUCCCUUAAUCCGCAUGGAGAUUCCCGCGGGAUUCCCCCGGACUUGUCAUCAAUCAAUGCUACACCACACACAAUGAACAAGCACUGGA